UUUGCGCUAAGGUCACCGCUGUCACUCCCGGAGCUUCUGCAGCCGAAAGAGGAGCGGGGACAGGCGGACAGACACCCAGACAUCCAACCGGCGUCAAACUACAGCUAGAAACACACCACAACCGAGCAGCAAACAUGUCUCUGUCCACGAAACUCACCCUGGACAAAGUGGAUGUCAACGGAAAGCGAGUUGUUAUGAGAGUUGACUUCAACGUCCCAAUGAAGGACAAGCACAUCACAAACAACCAGAGGAUCAAGGCGGCGGUCCCCAGUAUCCAGCACUGUCUGGACCACGGGGCGAAGUCUGUGGUCCUGAUGAGUCACCUGGGCCGACCUGACGGAAACCCCAUGCCUGAGAAGUACUCUCUGGAGCCUGUGGCUGCAGAGCUCAAGAGUCUGCUGGGGAAAGAUGUGACGUUCCUGAAGGACUGUGUGGGUGCUGAGGUGGAGGCAGCUUGUGCCAGUCCUGCCCCAGGUUCAGUUAUUUUACUGGAGAAUCUGCGCUUCCACGUCGCUGAAGAGGGCAAAGGCAAGGACCCCGCUGGUAACAAGACCAAAGCAUCUCAGGAGCAGAUCGAUGCGUUCAGGGCCUCUCUGUCCAAACUGGGAGACGUUUAUGUGAAUGACGCUUUCGGCACCGCACACAGGGCUCACAGUUCGAUGGUUGGCGUGAACCUGCCGCAAAAAGCUGCUGGGUUCCUCAUGAAGAAGGAGCUGGAGUACUUCGCCAUGGCUUUGGAGAAACCACAGAGGCCCUUCCUGGCCAUUCUCGGAGGGGCGAAGGUGAAAGAUAAGAUCCAGCUGAUCGACAACCUGCUGGACAAGGUGGAUGAGAUGAUCAUUGGAGGAGGAAUGGCCUUCACCUUCCUCAAAGUCCUCAACAACAUGGAGAUUGGUAACUCUUUGUAUGACGAGGAGGGCGCUGGCAUCGUGAAGGACCUGAUGGCCAAAGCGGAGAAGAAUGGCGUUAAGAUCACUCUCCCCGUGGACUUCGUCACCGGAGAUAAGUUUGACGAGAAAGCAGCCACUGGAACAGCCACAGUCGCUGGAGGCAUCCCUGCUGGGUGGAUGGGUCUGGAUUGUGGACCUGAGAGCUCCAAAGCCUUCGCUGAGGCUGUGGCCAGAGCCAAACAGAUCGUGUGGAAUGGACCUGCGGGCGUGUUCGAGUGGGAAAACUUCGCCAACGGGACCAAGAACCUCAUGGACAAAGUGGUGGAAGCGACAAAGUCCGGCUGCAUCACCAUCAUCGGAGGGGGUGACACUGCCACAUGCUGCGCCAAGUGGAACACAGAGGACAAAGUGAGUCACGUGAGCACAGGGGGCGGAGCCAGUUUGGAACUGCUGGAAGGGAAAGUGCUGCCGGGUGUGGACGCUCUGAGCAGUGCCUAAACCUCUCCUCUGUUUGUGUGAAUGAAAGAGAUUGAGGUGGAUUCUACUCUGCACUAGUUUACUCUGCUUCAGCCCAAUACAGCCCUUUACAUAGGACCUACUGUACUUACGUGUAUUCUAACAAGUAUCUCAAAGAGUUUUAGGGCAAUGUCACAACGAAGAAUCGAAGUCUGUAACUGUGCUCCGUUCUUUAAAUCUUUAGAGCCACGUGCAAUUUAAAUUUACUGUGGAAUUUUUCACUGUAAAUUUUUUUCUCCUGUUAAUUUGCCUGACAAUCCGAAGAAGCAAAUGAACUAAAACUAAUUGGCUGACCUAUAUACACACACACAAAUCCAGUUAUAUUAUUAUUUAUGCUGCCCUAUUUAAACCAUAUUUGUGUCAAGAUGAUUAAAUGAAAAGACAGGAUGCUGCUUUGUAAUUCCAAAUGGGCCCAAGUAACGUCUCCUUUUAAGAAUAAAUAAUAAGAUUGUACAUUUUUGGUGCUUAUUUUCAUGUCGAGUUGUGAAACUGCUGCAUAUAAUCUACUAAAAUAGCCACAACAAAAGCACUUUCAAGGAUGAAGAUGUGUUUAAUCUUUGAAUCUUUAACUAUUCAAACAAAAUAUAAAUAAACUAAGAAUUACGACUAUUUACUGGCCCAGUGUAGUGUCGGUUUUGGCUGUUUCGUCCACCUCUGUCUGUGUGAAUGUGUCUGUAUUUUGGCUUUAGUCCAUGCACUGAGUAAAACGGUUAUAAUUACAUUGGAUUAACAAGGUAGAGUACUGUUUAAACGGUUGUUGUCUGCUGUUUUGUUUUCUACAGCGCUGCUUUCUUGUCCUUACCCCAGUAAAACUCUGUGUUACACUUGAAA